CAACCACUAGGUUUAAUGUGCUGAAUGUUUACUAGAGUAUUAGUAAUAAGAGGACGCCAGUCUCUGUAAACUGUGAACUCUUAAUAAAAAGAUAGCUCUUUAGUUUCUAUUAAAGAAGAAAACCUACAAGCCCAACAUGCCCAAGAGGAAGGGAGCUGAUGGAGAUGUCAAGGAGGAGCCUUCGAGGAGAUCUGCACGGUUGUCAUCGAAACCAGCACCUCCAAAACCAGCACCAAAACCAAAAAAGCCAGCUAAAAAAGAAAAAGAGGUAAAUGACAAGAAGAAGGUGAAGGCAGCAGCAGCCGAGGAACCAAAAGAGGAGACCCAGUCAGAAAAUGGCGAGACCAAGACAGACGAAGUAGAGACUCCAGAGGAGGCAGACGAUAAGGAGGAAGAGAAGACUGACUAGCACCGAUCCCAUACAUUCAAACCCCUCAUUUGUAUGGCCCCCAAGUCUCAUGUGUUUUCCCAAAAACCUCCAUUACCUUAUUAACAGAGGAAUAUUUUUAUCAACAAUUUUGUAAUUAUUGGUGCAUGUUUUUAGCACAAAAUAAAGCUAAAUAUGGAGGAUUGUUCUGUUGUGCAGUGGUCAUAUCAAGUGUUUUAAGCAAACAUAAUUACAGUUUUGUUGUUAUAUCAGUGUUGGUACCAUGUUGGGAGUUCAGACAGGAAAGCUGGCUAAUUACAGGUGGUAUAGUAUCACAUUGUAGGUUUGCCAACUCAGAACAUUUCACUUUUGUAGGUGGAUGUAUUUUUACCCUUGAUAUGUGCAGUGUUAUUUCUUUGUGUGGGGGUGUUCUUGUUUUCAACUUGAUUGUCUGUAAGAGGAAUUUAAAUAUUUUGAAAAAUGUAAAACAUUCCAGGCUUAAUAAUGUUGUGGGCAUACCUGCUUUUGAAAAAAUCUUGUUCUGAAUUAUUUUGAUGACACAAAUUAUUUUAGCAGAGGAAGAAGCUUGCUGGAAGUGGCUUAUGCUUUUUGAAACAAAUGUUGGUAUUUUUUAACAGUGAAAAUUAAUCUAUUGAAAUAUGCAGCUAUCGUUUGUGUUCCCACUGAAGUUCUGGAUAUCUAAUUGGAAUUUAAUAAAAGUAAUUGGAAUUUUCCUCAUGAGGA